UCACGUAUCUCUAUAUUUAUUGUUACAUUGCUCCAACGGAAAGCAAAAGAAAAAGAAAACUUGUUUUUCUCUGUGUCUCAAGAAAGAAGAAUUGGAAGAAGCUCUUUGGCUAUGGCUGCCGACGUUAGUUCUUCACACAUAGUUUUAAGUGGGUACAAGGAUGAUCUAACGGUGGGGAAUGGAUCUGUUGGAGGAAACCCGACGGCUUUGAUUACUAGAGACUUGCUUGGAGUCGGAGGUGGCGGCUCCGCCUUGACCGGUACCAAAAAUGAUGAAUCCCAAGAACUCGACCUCGACCUCCAUGUCCCUAACGGUUGGGAAAAGCGCCUUGACUUGAAGUCUGGUAAAGUGUACUUGCAAAGAUGCAAUUCAACAAAUUAUUCUUCUUCGUCAUUGUCCGAUGGGACUAAGCACCAAACGAAUCAAACUGUGGCAAAGCUUCAAGAUUUAAAUUUCCCGGCAUCGCCAUUACCUUCUUCUAGACCUUUGCUAAACCUAUUUGAUGAGAGCAGCCUGGAAUUGAAAUUAGUCUCUCCAGCAUCAUCAAGCAGUUACCACAGCGUGUGCACACUUGACAAAGUGAAAUUCGCCCUCGAAAGGUUUGAUAAAGAACCGGUAAAGAAACGAGCAUUACUACCGUCGUUGUGGAAAUCGCCCUUGUCGCCUUCGUAUUCUUCGUCAUCGUCUUCCAUCAAAGAUUCACGAGAAGAUGAAUCAGGGGAAGAGAAACUUGCAUCGCCGGUUGCGGCCGGCUGCCCCGGUUGCUUAUCCUAUGUGUUGAUAAUGAAACAUAACCCUAAAUGCCCUAGAUGCAAUACCCUUGUUCCUAUUAUGCCUGAUUCUAAGAAGCCUCGCAUUGAUCUCAAUAUAUCGAUUUGAUGCUCAACUAUAAUUUUGUAAAUGAUAGAUGAAAUAGAUCUUUGGCAAAAGUGGGGUAUAUGUAUAUUGGAUGGUGAAGACGACAAUUAAAUAAACAAUUCCGAUAUUUAUUUAA